CUGUUUUGUAGUACGAUCUUGUGUUGCUGGUGGUACUGGACAGUAGUGGUGUCGCCACCAGCUCUGUGUGAUGUCGAGACGCGUAAAAGGAGCGCGACGACGGUCAGUUCCGUCAGAUCGCUACCAGCUGCAAUUGUUGGUGUUCACCAUUUUUCCUUUUCUUCCUCACCUUUGAGUUCACUCUUACCACUACUCCAGUAGGUAAUCGGCUAAGCGGCCGCAUGUUGAAUAAUACACUUGACUUGAGUCAACCUUGGCCCAUCACUGCUCAAAAGAGUAAGUUGCCCAUUUGCCCCAUUCAGACCAGACAGAGAGUGCUUAGGCCAGUUAGGGCAUUUCGCUUCAUUACCCUCCGUGCGUACACGCAACGGCGAGUGAAUAGUGUGUAAGUGCUAGCGGUGAGAAUAUAAAAUACAGGCAGCGCGGUUCGGUGCGUGUCAGUGUGUUAUUGUCGCUUUCAGUUGAACAUCUCUCCUCUGAGAAUGAUAGCCAUUGAGCCGACACCAGCUACCAUGCCAGUGCCAACAGCAGCAACAACGUUCCCAGCUGGACAUUUGACAAUGGCUAAUCAUCAUCAGCUGCAGCCAGCAACAGCCUACAGUCAGCCUACAACUUGGUUUCAGCCCCAUACCACUAUGUCUCUGUCACAACAACAGCCGCAGCAGCAGCAACAUCGGCAACAGCAGCAACAGCAAACAAGCCCUCCGCACCAACAACGCUUCCAGCAGAACUGCGCGCCGAUUUUCUUCCUGAGUCCAACGUCUAGUGCAAACAUGUGGUCCUCAUAUCAACCGGUAUUGCGCCUGCCUGGAAUGGCAUCGACUCCAUGUUCACCACCCCUGCAGCCCACGCUGAUUUGCUCCCCACCACCGACGACCCACAGUCACAGUCUCCAGCAUCAACAGCAGGUAGUGUCCAGCCCGGCGUGCAGCCCUGGAGAGGGACUAUCCCCUACUGCCAUCUACUCUCCCGUGCACACAAUGAUGACAACUAGGGAAGGACAAAUUGGCGAUCGACAUUUGGAAGCAGCUGCUAUCCUUGAUUCAAUGAGAUUGCAGAGUGGAAGUGGAUCGAUGGUGACGUCAUCGGCUUCAUCUUCAGGAACCAGCAGUGACAGUUCGGACAGAGGAGAAGUUGUGCCGGCCUACGGAGUGUCAUCAAGUGAUAGCCUGGAUUCAUUUACUUCAGAUGAGUUCAUCAAUGUUGAUACUGAUAGUGUGGCAUCAUCACCUGGUGAUAGUCAUGACGAGGAGUCCGGAUCAAGUCAGCCGACAACACCACCUUCGCCAAAUUAUGAUCAGCUUCCAGAGGGUCUGCCACCAAACCUCCCCGCUGAUGUGCUGGCUAUAGUCCUGGCACCGCAGGAGAAGCGACGCGGCCGGAAAGGCCGCCGGUUCUCCUCUGCGUUCGUGAAGCUUGGCAUGCGCAAGUACCAGUGUGCCGAGCCUGGCUGCGGCAAGAUAUACUCGAAAUCAUCGCAUGUGGAGGCACACCAUCGCACACACACCGGACAGCGACCAUACAUCUGCAGUAUCUGUUCUGCUACCUUCACACGCAGUGAUGAACUUGCAAGGCACGCUCGUCGCCAUACUGGUCUACGCCCACACACUUGCGAUGUGUGUAAUCGAAGCUUCUCUCGCUCAGACCAUCUGUUCAGCCACAAGAGAACACACUCCGGAGAGAAGCCGUACUCGUGUCCCGAAUGCCCCAGGACAUUCGCCCGCUCGGACGAGUUGUCCAGGCACGCGUCUGUGCACCAGCGUGACGGCAACACGUUACCAGCCGAACAGGAUGAGUGAACUUUCAUAUGCCACAGGCCCAAUGGCCUUGAACAGUUUCUUGAACCAUUUUAGCAGUAUACUUGAUAACUUGAAUGAGAUCUACUUGCAGCAACACUCUAUGAUCUGCUCCAGUGACACAUGCUUGAUGCUAGUUCAGUUGAUGAGCCACCACAAUUCACUAGAUGUGCAUUCACUGCCUGCCUAGAUAGAUCAGUUAGUUAUACAGAUAUAGAAUUAUUUAAUAUUUGAUUCCUAUUCCGAUAUAAUUAUCGUUUUUUGAAAUAAUUUUACGCAGCUUCCUCUGUACUGCUGUAUGACUGUGCACAUUGAGAUUCCCUUGUCCUAUCUGCUGGUCAGUUGUCUAGUUCUCCAUUACACCCUGCACAGUUCCAUCAUCAUUUUAAACAUGACUUGUCUGCACAAUGCUGCCACUAAUGUUCAUCUUCAUGAUCACAUGGCACUGCUAUGGCCUUCACCUGUGUAGUAGUUCAAUAGCCCUAUGCUGCUGGUACACUCUCACCUGGGCAUAAUGGAAAAUACAGUCAAUACAAAUCUCA